AUGAUCCACGUUGACGUUCACUCCCUCACCCAGCCGGUGGGCGUCCUGCGCUUGCUGGCCAUCAUCCUCACGUGUGUGACUUUUAGCUUGGUGGCAUCCGCGGGGUACGUCCCUUCUCCUUACUGGGCAUGGUGCAUGUUCACCUGGUGCUUCUGCUUCUUCUUCACCCUCCUCGUCAUCGUCCUGGACUUCACCACCUUCAGCGGCAAGCUACCUUUCGCCUGGGACGACUUCACCACCGCCUUCGCCAUGCUGGCGAGCCUCAUGUGCCUGGCCGCCGCCAUCAUUUACCCCGUUUUCUUCACUUGCCAGGUAUGCCACCGGCAAAUCGGCGCCUCCGUGGUGGCGUGGGCGUGUCUGGGGGUGUACGUCGGCGAGGUGACUCUAACUCGCCUUCGCCCGGGCGGGCAAAUAAACGGCUUCCUCUCCACGUUGCCCGGCUUAAUGAAAAUGCUGGAGGUUUUCCUCGCCUGCCUUACCUUCACGUCUCUGGAGAAGGGCCAGUACGCAGACACCCCGGAGCUGCAGUGGUGUGUGGCCGUGUUCUCCUUGUGCUUCAUCUUGGCCAUGCUUAUCAUCCUGCUCACGGGCGGACAGCUGACCUCACGCGUGCCCUUCUUUGACAAGAUGGUGAUCGUUUAUGACAUUUUAGCCGCAGUCACGUACAUGACGGCUGUGGUGAUCUGGCCUCUUUAUAGUUUUCCAAACAACGCCAGACCCCCGAACUGUGGCUACCUGUGCUCAUGGGAUAAACUGGUGAUGGUCACCAUCAUGACUCUUCUCAACUUCUGUGUUUACACCGUGGACUGUGUCUACUCCAUACGGCUUGUCUUGUUUGUCAGCAGCGAGUGA